AACACAAUAAGAGGAACGUCAAAAUUAAUCUCCAAUGUAUAAUGUAGACGGUGAAGAUUAAAAAUGCAGAUUAAUUCAAUCUCGUUUUCUUAAUCUCACAAUAUAAACGUAGUGGAAGUUAAGCAGACUCCCCCCGUUAUAAUAUAUGAACUCAGAAAAAUAUGUAGUAAAUAUCUUUCUACUACAUUUUUUCUCCACAUCUCUACCGAAACUUGGCAGCACUAAGGCAAUCACAAUCAUUUGUUGUUUAAAUACACGUGCAUUGCGAUUUUAGCGGAAAGUUGAAUUAUUUAUAAAUAACUAUAUAAUUAAAGUUAUUAUGGCAAAAAAGGCUGCGAAAAGAAAAGGAAAUGCUGAUAAUACAAAUUUAAAAGAGUCAAAUAAAACAGAGCAAAUACAGUCAGAAGAUGAAAACGCAAGCGAAGAUGAUUUAUUGCAAAAAUUUGAAAAUAUGGAUGCAGAUAGUUCAGAUGAUGAGGGUAUCGAACAAAACUAUAAUUCCGAUGAUAGUGACGAGUUAGAAUUUGAAAGUGAUGAUGAAGGUAAUUAUAUGUCAAAAAACAAAACAGAGGAGCAAGAAGAAUCCUCUAGUGAGGAUGAUAUCGAUGAGGCAGAUAUUGAAGACGUUUCCAGUGAUGACAAUAAUACAGAAGAAGAUGAAGACAACAGUUCAGCAAUAAAUGAAGAAGACUCUAAUGAAAGUGAUAAUAAUUUAAAUGAACUAAAAUCAGCUGCUGAUGCGGAUAGUGAUAAUGAUGAACCUGUUGCUGCACCUAAGAAAGAAAAAAGCAAUUUAAAACAGAAAGAAAAACAGCAGCAACAAAAACAGCAAAAGAAGAAGAAAAUUAAAGCUGUUAAAAAUGCUAAUCAUCCAUCAACGAGUAAUAGCACAGAAAUUGAAAGCAGUGAGACCAUUGUGAGCAGUGAGACAACCAUUGGCACUACAACAACUUCGCAAUUGCCUCCAAUAGUUCAACGAAUAUUACCAGAAUAUGAGAAUUCAGAUACCUCUGAUGAAGAAGAUAUACGCAACACUGUAGGUAAUAUACCAAUGCAUUGGUAUGAUGAGUACAAACACAUCGGUUAUGACUGGGAUGGCAGGAAAAUAGUGAAACCGCCAAAAGGUGAUCAAAUUGAUGACUUCUUACGUAAAAUUGAAGAUCCAAACUUUUGGCGCACUGUCAAAGAUCCACAAACUGGACAAGAGGUGUUGCUUACAGAUGCUGAUAUUGACCUGAUAAAGCGUAUCAAUUCAGCACGUGUACCAAAUCCAGAACACAAUGAAUAUGAACCUUGGAUCGAGUGGUUUACGUCUGAAGUGGAACGUAUGCCUAUUAAAAAUGUGCCCGAUCACAAACGUUCGUUUUUGCCAUCUGUAUCAGAGAAGAAAAAAGUUUCACGCAUGGUGCAUGCUCUAAAAAUGGGUUGGAUGAAAACUACUGAGGAAGUAGAACGUGAAAAACAAGCGAAACGUGGUCCUAAAUUCUAUAUGUUAUGGGAAACUGAUACUGGUCGUGAGCAUAUGCGUCGCAUACAUGACCCAGUUUCUGCACCGAAACGUGAUUUACCUGGACAUGCUGAAUCUUACAAUCCACCUCCAGAAUAUCUUUUCGAUGAAAAGGAACAAAAAGAAUGGUUAAAAUUGAGAGAUGAACCACAUAAACAUAAUGAACAUCAAAGCGUAAAACAAAGUUUAAAGAAACAAGAUAGUUCUCCAAAUAAAAAUAUAAAUAGCGUUAGCGAUAAAAAGAUAUUAGAAGAAAAGAUCCUGGGACUGAAGAGCAUUAUAUCAAAUUUUGAUGCUAAUAACAAAGAAACAAAUGAAAAAGUGUGCAACCUUCCAGUCAGUUUUGAAACGUUUAAAAGGUUCACAUUUCACAAUGAUGUUAUUGAUAACAUUUGCCAAAGCAUAAAGGAGUUGGAGUAUGAGUUGCCAAUUUCAAAUAUAUCAAAAGAAGAAUUAUUUGAUAAUAAUAAAUUACUUCGGAGUUACUACAAAACAUUUUACAUGCAAACGGUUAUUCGGACAAUAUUUCCAUUGAAAAUAAAACCAUGUCCGGGACGUUUAAAGGACAAACUUUUGAAAUAUCCAGAAAUUACGUCAGAUCAUGAAGAGCCUACAGUAAGUAAUAGAGAUGCUAUAAAUGCUAAUACGAAGGAACAUUUAAAUAAGAAAACAAAAUUAGGAAGCAUGAAAGAAGAUAAAAAUAUGGAAAAAUGUUCAUUAGCAUUAGAAAUUAAGGCACCGGAAGAUAAUGCUGUCGAGAAAUCUCUAUUACAUCACCAAAAACAGAAUAUGCCAAAGACUUUAUCACCAACACCAUGUCGAGCACAAAUGAAGGCAAAACCCUUGACAUUUCCGAACAAAAUUUUUAAUGUUGAUUCCGACUCCACGACAAGUAAUGAUAAUGACGAAAUUUUUGAAGGCAGUGCAAAUGUAACGGUGGUGGAACGAAUUGAUCAGGAUAAUGCUGUCGAGAAAUCUAUGAUACAUCAACAAAAUCAGAAGACACCAAAGUCAAAAGUCUUGCCGUUUCCAAACAAAAAUGUUGGUUCCGAUAAUGAUUCAACGAACAGUGAUGAGAAUGAAGAAGAUAUUAUAAAUGUACCAGUGGUAAAACCUAUCGGCAACAAAACUAAAUUAAAUCAAUCCAAUGAGAAUGCUAAUCAACACGUAACAAAUCUUCAAAAAGAAACAAAAACUCCGGAAUCAAGUCCACUCAUAAAUGUUUCCUUGCAGACACGAGAUACCCUUGACGAGAGUAAACAAAAAAGGCUUCAACAAACAAUCACACAUGAUGAUUCGAAAUACGUACUGAAAUUUCAAGACUUCGUUAAGAGUACCAAUAUUUUAGACCUUUUAAGAAAUUCGAGCGAUUCUACUGAUGAUUACUUAGUGAAUUUAGCAUACGAAUAUUACAUCAAAUUUGUUACUAAUCCUGUUAAUCCAAAUGUGGAACUAUUUAAAGAUUUGAUGAUACAUGCAAACGAAAAAUCAGUAAAAUCAUUUUAUACUAUAUAUACUCAAAAUAAAAAAGACUCAUCUAAAGAAGUAAAGGCUAUAGAAGAUAUGCAAGGGCCGAAAGCGAGUAAGUCCAUUAAUAAGAAUGAUAUGUUUCCUGUCUCAAUAGCUGAAUUCAAAAAGUACACAUAUUAUAAAGAAGUGCUACUUCAAAUUUUGAAAGAAAAAGCCAAAGGCGAUGAAGAACUUUUUGUAAAAUUACGGAGAAAUAAAUUGGUUUGGAAGAAAGCGCUGCGAUUGUAUUACACGAAUUUCUUUUUUAAACCAUCGAUACGUAAAAAAUACACUUUACGUUUGAAAGAAAUGCCGCAAAGUUUGAAGGCAAAAUUUUUAGAAAUACCUGCAAAAUCAACAACAGUGAAGGAAAAAAAAAAAUGUGAUAAAAACCAUUUAAAAAGUGAUAGAGAAUCAAAUUACACCUAUUUCGAUAGCUAUAAGCCAUUAUCUGAUGAAUUUUUAUUAAUGUACAUAUCAAAAAAAGUGUCUGAUGUUAAUAAGCAUCCAGAAAUUUUAAAACGUAUAAAGGAAAAUAAACAACCACAUAAAAGACAGUCGGGAAUAGAAAUAAUAUCAAUAGAAACGAUUGUGCCACCAAAUAUUGAAAAUGAAAUAACAUUGGAUGAACAAUCGCCAGUCAUACCUGAAGAAAACAUGGAAAUAUUCAAUAAGUUGUUCGAUCCAAUUCCUUUGAAAUGUACUUUAUCCUAUGUACUUCGUUUUUCUUUUGGUCCAAAACAAUCUGUUCUGCGCACAUUGAUGCAUAUAUCGUUCGAAGAUUUCUGCAAGUUCACAAAUAUUUAUCAAUUGUCUAAUAUUUAUAAUGAUAAACUAAAACUAUUCAAAAUUUAUGAAUCCACGAUUAAAAAAGACAUAUGGCCGUUUAAUUUAUAUAUGCGCAUAAGUGAUAUUUUCCUUUAUUUACUGUUAAAUGAUGUAAAGCUUGAUUUAAGUGAUUUACAACAUAUAUCACCAAAGUUUUUACAUUGGAAUGAUCUUGCAGUGAAUACUGAUUUUAAUGAAAUUGUAAAAGAAGAUUAUUUUAAUAUGAAUGGAGAGCGCAUUGAUGGUGAUGAACAGCUACAAAUUUCUCGUGAAAGUUUUUAUACUCGUUGCUGGAAUGAGGACGAUUGGAUAUGGCGAAUACCCAAAAUAACUAAUAAUUCGAUCCAAGAGAAAAUUAAUGUUACUAAAGCAUUAUCUGAUGAAGAUGCAGAACAGUUGACUGUUGAGAAAAAAAAUGUAAAGGACUCAUAUAUAUCACUGGAAAAGUAUCUAAAUGAAAAUUCGGAAUGUCAUAAUCACACAGAACUGGUUGAAACGUCUUCCAGUAUCACAAAUCGUUCCUUAAAAAUUGCAGUUCAAAGUACCAAUAACGAUGGAGCAUGUAGUGUUGAUGUUUUGCUUUCAUCACAGACUCAACCUCAGGAAGACCCAGUCUGUAUGUCAUACAAAGCAAAUACAUCAAAUCCUAAUAACACAGAAGAACCAUCCGAAUCAAAUAAUUCUAUAAUUAUAAGUGAUGAAAAUGAUCAGGGGGACUGUCAUUUAUUUGAAGAAACUGCGAUUGAUUCAGUAGAAACCGGUGGUGAUCAAUUGUUAUCAGAACGCAUACCUUCUGAAAAUAUUAAUAAUACAGAAAUCAUAAAAGAUAUUAAAGAAGAACCAGAUCUUAGUUUAGACUUAAAUGAUGACAGUGUUCAGAUAAUCGAGGACGCUUCGAUUAGUUUAAUAGUAAUUGAUUCUGAUGAAUCGUCAUCUGAGUUACAGCCUUCUGAGCCUUCUGAUUGUAUUACACCGCAACAGACUGGUAUAUCAUCCCAAAUAAUUAAAAAUGAAAUAGAAGCAAUUUGCGAAGUGCCUAAAACUGAUAGUGACUUAAAUGAAACUUUAAUUAUGACAGGAGAGAAUAAUAAUCUUAAAAUGGUAAUUAUACCUCACGAAGCUAUUUCAAAUUUAUUGGCAAAUUCUGAAAGUGAUAUUUUUGACUUACCGAAAUCUUCAACUGACAAUGCAAACCAAAUAACUGAAACUGAAAUAAUACGAAAGCGGAAACAAAAUACUUAUUUCAGUAGUAGAAACAAAAAGUUAAAAACGAAUAAAAUUACUGAUAUUGUUCCGCAGCUUACUCAUGAAUUUCGCGCUCUGCCAAUGCAAAUUAUUACAAAAAGUACAGAAAGCGAAAACAUUGAACCAUCAGUAAGUGGGACCUCAAAUCCAUCACAAAGCAAAUCAGUGUCCGAAGCAUUAUGUGUAGAUGCUACAGUUUUUAACGACACACAAUUACUAAGAGCAGUUGAUCAACAACACUACAAUCUUGUUCCAACCCAGAUGUCGGAUAAAAUGAAUAAAAACGUGGCUAUAAAUAGCAAUGCAGAUAUUGCAUCACAUAUGAGUAGUAAAAACGCGACAGCGCUACCUAGUGUUUCAAGUUCUAACACUAACCAAAGCAAUAAAAAUAAGAGUAAGGUAAAUGAGCCUGAAUUACAACACACCUUAUAUUACUUUGAAUUGUGUCAAUUUCAUUUCAUCCUGAACUCAACUGCAAGACAUAUUGCCAAAUAUAAAUUACGUAGCUAUGAUGUAGGUCAAAACAUUGUAGAAGCUAUAAUAUGUCGGGAGUUUAGAACAAAAUUAUACGGCGACGUUUUAAAUGGUAUUUUCUCACAUACUGAACCAAAUAUUUUACAAGAUGUACGUAAAGUAUUGCAUGAUCUUAAAGAGUACCAUUUUCUUAUCAACGAUUACGAGUCAAUUAAUAAUAAGGACCUCCGCGCUAGAAUACUAUUUUACUUUAUGUACUCAAAGCUCUCUUUCUGUUACUGUCGGUUAGUUUAUGAGACACAAUCACACGAAAAUGCACUGUGUAUUUCAAUGCAAGCAUAUGAAAGCGCUAGGACUCAAUCAGCAGAUUCUAGAAACUAUUGUCUUUUAGAAGCCAUCAAACUCUCUAUACAAGAAAAAUUAAAAAAGCUAAAACAAGAAUCCUUUCAAAUAGAAUCUCGAAACUAGUUCAAAAGAAUGAAAGUACUUUAUUGUGCAAACAAAUAAAAAAUUUGUGAAAGAUUUUUGAGGAACCAUUGGUGUUGUCCCAAAACGGAAACAUGUAGUACAAUAAAGGUCGUUUAUAUUACCUGCUCUACACUAUCAGUGUUCAACCAAUCUAGCUAUUAA